AUGAAGUUUAAAGCUUUUGCUGAAAGACAGAGUGGCUGUAAGCUGAAGGCUUUGAGGCUUCCAACCAAAGCUAUAGAUGGUAAAACUCCUAUUGAGGCAUGGAGUGGAAAAAGGCCAUCUACCAAGAACUUAAAAAUCUUUCUUUCGAAAUAUUACUCUCAUGUUCCUUCAGUGAGAGGAAGCAAGCUUGAACCGAAAGGUGAAUUGGGGAUCUUUAUUGGUUAUUCAUUACAGGCCAAAGGUUAUAGAGUUUUCAACUUGGAAACAAAAGGUAAAUUGAACUUGAAUCCGCUGUCUGAAACACAACUAUUUGGCUUUGAAAAUCUGGAAGAAGCUAAAGAAUCAGAUGAUGAAUCCUCACUUGAUUCACCAAUUUUGAAGACAAGAUCCCUUUCAGAUAUAUAUGAAAGAUGCAAUGUUGCUAUCUUGGAACCCAAUACCUAUCAAGAAAUAUCAAAAUAUGAUGUUUUGAUUGAAGCCAUGAAGGAGGAGAUUGGUAUGAUAGAGAAGAAUGACACUUGGAAGCUGGUUGAUAAACCCAAAGAUAGAAAUGUAAUAGGAGUGAAAUGGGUUUAUAGAACCAAACUUAAUCCAGAUGGUUCAGUUAAUAAACAUAAGGCAAGGCUUGUUGUGAAAGGUUAUGCACUAGUUGUAGGUCUGGAUUAUGGAGACAAAUUAGUACCUGUUGCAAGACAUAAUACAAUACGACUUCUACUUUCUUUGGCAGCUCAUUCAAAUUGGAAGUUAUAUAAUCUGAAUGUGAAGUCGGCAUUCUUAAAUGGACCAUUGCAGGAACAAAUUUAUGUUGACCAAUCAGAAGCAACAAGACCUGAUCUCAUGUUCGUGGAAAGUUUUUUAUCAAGGUUUAUGCAUUCUCCAAGUGAAGUUCACCAUCGUAUUGCUAAACGAACAUUAAGGAAGCAAGAUGUGGUAUCUCAAUCAUCUGCAGAAGCAGAAUACAUCGCUAUUGCUAGUGCAACUAAUCAGGCUCUAUGGCAAGCAGAGAAAGAUGGUGAAGUUAAUCCAGUUCAUUGCAGCUCCGAUCAGCAGAUUCCAGACAUUUAG